AAGUAAUUUAAUGUAGAAUGACUUCAUUAAUUAUGAUUUCAGUCUUGCUCUUCACAAAUGUCUGUUUUAUGACAUUCACGCUGGGGAAAACAAAUGAGUUGGAUCCAUUGAAGACUAAGACGGAUUGGGUAUCCAGCGAAAUCAUGUUCGGCAAAUACUUCCUUGAUGUUAUUAAUGAAAUAAGAACUGUAGAAACCGUAGAAACUCCAGAUGGCAAAGGACCCGUUGUUUUAAAUGACAUAGAUAAAAGUUUUUUACUAACAAGAUGUAAAGGUGACUUGGAUUGUAUCCAGUCAAAAUCGAUAUCAAUACAAAAAUAUAGAAUAAAAAUGGAAGCAUUACAAUGUGUCAACGCCGUGAUGAUGCAUUACAUGUUGAACAUCAUGAUAAAAAAUCACAAAAAAAUCAAUUCGAGUCCAAUAAAUGAUAACAAUUUGUACGUUUACACAAAUUUUAUCAUCCAAAAGAUGUUAUCUUUGUUGUUAAUCAGCAAAACCAGAGCGCACAAUUGUCUAUGGAACAUAUUUUUUCAAGUUUAUUCCAAGUUUAACUGGCCCAACAACUACGCGCCGGACAAUAAUACCUUUGACCCUGAAUACAUGACACAAUUAGUGGAUUACAUUGUCCAUUGUCAGCAUAACCAUUACUUGUCGAUCAACGACGACAGACCAACGAGUCUGCAAGCUUAUUACAAUAGCAUUGUAAAGAUGGAUAUACGCAUGUAUAUAGAUCAACUGUACGGUUUUCAAUUUAAUGAAAAACUAAACAAAUUCUUCUCUUUCAAUAAACUUUUUUCGAUUGAAACUUUUGCUUUGUCCGAUUACCUCAACCGCGAUACCGACUUGUUUGGUACGUUUGUUAAUAGCAACAUAUUCUGGGGAUCAUGCAAAAGGCUGUUACGAAACGAAAAAGACAAACUUAGAGCCUGGUACCAUACAUUUGAUUUUGUUAAAGAGCCAUUCAAGUACACCGAGUAUCACAUGCGGGUGUUGCUAAUUAUAAAAAUAAAUAUUUACAUUUACAUUCGGUCGCAUAUCAAAAUGUUUGAAAACCCUUUAAGUCAAGCUAAAAACCACGUUGAAGAGAUAAAUUUUAAAGUUGCGGACACAUCUAUUUGGAUACUACCGUGCAAACCCUUAAGAGAGUUCUUGUUUUUCGACUAUGAAGACCCAGUGUUAUUCAGUAUUAUCGAUCAGCUGUGUUCUGAAGUCGAUGCAUUUAACGGAGAGUUUCUGGAAAAGCUUCGAUACAUGACAAAAAUUGCUAAAGAAAUUAUUUCAAUCGAUAUGAAGAAAAUAGGUGUAGACGAUAACGACGUUGACGCCACAUUGCACGAGUAUGAUGAGCCACAGUCCAAAGAAAAUGUUUUUCAAGACUUGAUACAGAUGGGAGCAAAUGAAGACCAUGUACGUAGCAUACUAUACGAUGAUCAUGACACGUUGAACGACACUGAUUUACCGACCAUUACUUCGAGUUCUGGGCGAAAAGACAAGGAACCGCUAAGUUUUGAAAACGAUGCAGUUAUUACAAAUGUAUGCGAUAAUCUUGACAAGCCGAAUGACACACAGUCAGAAACCCAGGAAAAUUUAUCGACCAUUACUUCGAGUUCUGGACAAAAAGACAAGGAACCACUAUGUUCUGAAAUCGAAGAGGUUGUUACAGCUGAUGUAUGCGAUAAUCUUGAUACGCCAAAAGACAAUCAGUCAGAAGUCCAGGAAGAUUUAUCAAUCGUUCCUUCAAAUUCUAAGCGGGAAGACAAGGAACGGCUAACUUUGUCCGAUACAACGAAAUCUAAAAAAACAACGACUAUUGAAAACCAUAAUAUCGUUAUAUGUAGGUUAUUUAAAUACAUCAUCGAUUUCUUUUUAAAAUUACUGGGAAUCCGUCGAUUAACGAAUGAAACUGUGAAAGAAAAUAUUUCAGACGAUAAUGUCGUUGCCACCACUUUGGCCGUCGAUAAUAAGCCAGAGUCCGAUGAAAACGUUUGUCAAGAUUCGAUACAGAUGGGUGCAAAUAAAGACUAUGAACGUGAUCCUAACGAUCGAGAUGUUACAGAUGAAUGGGGUAAUCUUGACCAGCAGAAAGACACACAGUCAGAUAUGAAGGAAGAUGUAUCGAUCAAUAAGCCAGAGUCCGAUGAAAACGCUGAUCAAGAUUCGAUACAGAUGGGUGCAAAUGAAGACCAUGUACGUGAUCGUAACGAUCAAGUUAUUCCAGAUCUAUGUGGUAAUCUUGACACGCCAAAAGACACACAGUCAGAAAUCAACGAAGAUACAUCGAUCGAUCCUUCAAACUCUGAUCGGAAAGACAAGGAACUGCUAAAUAUGGCCGAAAGAACCGAUAUUGAAAAAAAAGUAACUUUGAAAAGUAAUAAAAUCGUCGAACGGACAGAUGCAUUCUUUAAAUACACUAACGUUAUCAAUUCCAAAUUAAGGCCAAUUCAUUAUUGCUUUAUUCUUAUGUUUUAUAACGGAAAAGACAAAUUAAACGUGACAUUUUUUCCUAACACAGGAUUACAGCUCCCGAGUACAAGAGAAUAAACCAAAACUAGCAAGAACGCCAUACCCAAUUUCCGAUUGUUUAUCUUUAAUUUUUUAUUAAAGAUUUAUUUAAGAUUUUUUUUUUUAAUUUUUGGUUAAUAUUUUUCCAAGCUUUUAUUAUUUGGUACGCUUCUGAAAAAAACUUUUAUUCUAACAAUAUGCCUUGGAUCCUAACCUAACCAAUCUUAAAGAAUGAAAUUGUUUUUUUAAAUAAUCAUGUAA